AUGGACAAACGAGUGAAAGAAAUGGUAGACAAAUGCAUUCCUUGCCAAUCAGUAGGUCACGGUAAUAACCCGGAGCCAAUGAAAAUAACACCAACCGAAGACAAACCGUGGACUAGUGUAGCACUCGACUUCUAUAGUCCAGUACCCCAAACUGGGCAAUACCUGCUAGUGCUUAUCGAUACCUACUCAAAAUUCUCAGAGGUAGAAAUAGACAACUCAACCAAAGCAAAACUUGCAUACCAAAAUUAGAUACGAUAUUUGCCAGAUAUGGAAUACCAUCAAAAAUAAAAACUGACAAUGGACCCCCAUUUAAUGGGAAUGAAUUUGAAACAUACACUAAAACCCUUGGUAUUGAAUGGAAAACAAUCCCACCACUAUGGCCCCAGGGUAAUGCCGUCGUAGAAAGAUUUAUGAAACCAAUUGGAAAACUCUUGAAAACAGCAGAAAUUGAAGGAAAGUAUUAGAAGCAAGAACUGCAAAGGUUUCUACUUCAAUACCGUUCAACCCCUCAUCAAACUACAAAUUCGGGGAUAUUUACCAGAACUUACAAGAAAGAAAGUAGUCAAUAGACACAAGAGGGCAAGCAGAAUUUGGAGGACAAGAAAGAAGAGAACAAAGAGUACUACGACAGAAACAAAAGAACAAAGGAAGCUGGUAUCGAAAAGGGUGACAUCGUCAUUUGCAAACAAAAGACGAACAAUAUGUUAACAUCAAAGUUUGACCCAGAACAUUAUACGGUAGAACAACGUAAGCACAACACCAUCAUAGCUGAAAGAGAUGGUAAGACGGUGACAAGAAACGUUUCACACUUCAAGAAGGUAGUAAUGGAGGAAAGCGAGGAGGAGCAGGAAGAUACAGCACCGGGAAGAUCGACGGAAACAGAGGAACCACCAAAGCAAGAACCAAAUGUAAGGAGAUCAGCAAGAAUGAAAAGACCGGUAAUACGUUAUCAGUACCAGACUUGA